AUCAUAAUAUAUUUCCACCAUCACUUGCAGUCUGAAACCAACCCAAUCGUUUUAAAACAGCAUUACAAUAUUACACAUACUAAUUAUCAUGGAGCCAAAAACUUCACAACCUCUUGAACGUUCUCCUGAUGCUCGAAAAGCAUUAUUGGAUGAGCAGAUUGUCUACAGUCAAGAAUUCCUGGACUUGCUCUCAACCUUGCCAAAAGAGAAAAAUAUUUUUGGAGCCGACAUUUAUCAAUACAAUGGUUUUUGGUUUCCUAAAAAACCUUUGCAUGGCAUGAUCGAGUCUCUAAAACAUUUUCAACCGCGAAAAAAUGAUGUCUUCCUUGUAAGUGCUCCAAAAUCCGGUACCACCUGGUUAAAAGCUAUUAUCUACACCUUACUUAACCACCAAGUCCACCAUCCUCAGGAUCCUCACCACCCUUUGCUCACAAAAACUCCCCAUCAGCUUGUUCCUUUUCUCGGAUUACUUAAACCCUCUGAAUAUGACUCUAUAUCAAAUUCUCCGGAUAGCAAUACCAGGAUCUUCGGAUCUCAUGUGCCAACAAUUGGCCUUCCUAAAUCUGUAAUUGAGGACAAUGGCUCAUGUGACUGUAAAGUAGUGUAUUUGUGCAGGGACAUCAAGGACACUUUUGUUUCCUUCUUUCACUUUCUCAACCAGCAUUUAGAGCCAUCAAGCAACUGUAUGGAAAACCUCUUUGAUUUAUACAGCAGAGGAGUAAGUGGAGGUGGACCAGUAUGGGAUCAAAUCAUAGGAUACUGGAAGGAAAGCUUGGAGAGGCCAAAUAAAGUGUUGUUUAUCAAGUAUGAAGACAUGAAAUGCGAGCCUCAUAUUCAAUUGAAGCGUCUUGCACUUUUUCUAGGAAAACCUGUGUCCGAGGAGGAAGAAAAUACGGGUUUGCUUGAUCAAAUCAUAAGCUUGUGUAGCAUUGAUAAUAUGAGGAAACUUGAGGUUAAUAGGAGGGGAACAGAUAGCCUUGGUAUGAAGAAUCACACAUUUUUUCGUCGUGGUGUAGUUGGAGACUGGAAGAAGUAUUUGACAGCAGAGAUGGCCGCUAAGCUGGAUCAUAUUACUGAAGAGAAGUUCCGUGGUUCAGGAUUAUCUCUCUGACAUAUAGUCAUUAUGCUGGGGAUGGGGUCAAUAUCACUGAAGAGCACAUUUAUUUAUUUUCAUUUCAAGUGUUUUUUCUCUCUUUAUGGUUGUUAUUUCUGUGAUCUUUGUUUUUCAGUACAAGUAUAAGUGUGCUCUCCAAUUCUGUGUCGGUGUGUUUUAUUUAAUAAAAAUGUGCUCAACUUUCUAGCCUAUGUUACUAGCAUACCGCACCCAUAGCUAAGAGUUAUGUUGGAAUUGUUCUCAAAUUCGAUUCAUAUGCAUGGACUGCAUAUUUGAAUUUACAGGCGCAACUUCAUCAUUAUAUGCUUCCUCUGAGGAGUGAUGCCGUUGAUCUGGAUGCGGUAGUUGGUGUGGGUCUGAAAGUCAAGGACGCGCUUCACCAUGCUAUACUCGGCAAUGUCUAAGAAGUGUUCUCCAUCAUGGAGGCAUGGAAUAGAAGCAACAGUGGGAAAGCAAGGACAUGCUGCUCAGUGUGGACCAGGUAUUUGAAUUCAUGGGUUUCGACAAUGGGAAGCGCCAGAAGAAAGACCGAAGCUUGCUGCAGAAGAAUCGUGGGGCUCAAGGGGAUUAUGCUAGUUUUGUUGGGGCGUUCUAGCUAGUGUUGAUGGUUAUCUUUUGGGCAUUUAUGCUUUUUAAUAUAGGAUGAAUGUUAGCAUCUCAGUUUAUCUUCCAGGUUUAGCCUCUUUUGCAGUCAUCUCCCAACUUUUUGUUGUUUUUGGAGAGAUGUGCUAAGUAUAGUUUUAGGUCUGCUAUUCCAUCCUGUCUAUGUAAGACCUUCUGAGAUA